AUGAAGUGGGUCUGUGCUGUCACAUUUGUCCUAAGCGUCGCGCAAGCGACAGCAUUGCACUGGCCAGGCAGCGGGCAGCAACCCCUGUCGUUCUCCUUCCCCACGCCAGAACCGGGCCCUGCAGAACACGAACUGAUUGAGCCACAGAAACCACGGAUCAGUACGGAGGCUACUGAGGCGAUGAAGGACACGAAAGCUAACCUUGCUGAGGAGGAAUUGGAAACAGCGGCGGACGAAGCGACAGGCAAGCUUCAGGAGGCUCUCAUGGUCGCCGAACCGCCCCAGGGGCCCGGAGAGGAAAAGGAGACUAGAGUGCGAGAAAAGGGAGGCUUCCUGUCUAAUAUCAUGCAGAAGGCUGCCGAGGCGUUUUCCUCUUCAGGCCUCACUCAGCUGUACGGAGGAGAACAAGUUCGUCAGUUUCAGAAAGCGGUUAUCAGGGCGCUGGAGGAGGUAUGGGAGGAUUUCGAUAAGCUCAUGCAGGAGCCGGCAGCUGAAUGUCCGAGGGAUUAUUCUCUGCAGUGCCCGGAAACCUUCCGCUUUGACGGAGCCACAUGCGUCGCGCUGGAGGGGUACAUAGGGCCAUGCGCCAAAAUACAGAGAGAUUUGCCGAAGCUGACAGAAGAACAGAAGGCUGCCUGGUCCACUAUGUGUCAGGCAAGCUUUCCGUGUUUGCUGAACCGCGGCCAGUGCCCCCGGGACUUCUCUUCACGAUGCCCAAUCGGAUGGAUUGAUCUGGGAGACGGAAGAAACUGCCAGGCACCGGAAAGCUACAUCGGAAAUUGUGACAGAGUUCUGUAUUUCGGCGAGAUGACCAAUAGCCAGAAGCUCGAGAAGAUGGCAGCGUGCGCAGUUGAAUGGCCAUGCGUCGGUGAAUGGACUCGAGGAGCAACGCCUAUCCGCGUACAGCUUGAAAAGCAAGAGAUUCUACCCACCUACACCGCUCAGCCAGACGGCGCUGUGAGCGAUCGUGGCAUUGUGCAAACUCGUCUUAUAUGA